AUGGACGAGUUGAGAAAGAUAAGCGACCCUUUUCUCGUAGUGUGUGAAAAAAUCCGAAGCGUGCACAUUAUUUUGGAUGCCGAGGUUUUUUUUUUUCAUUCCAAUUAUCACGUUGUUUUGUGUUAAAAUUACCAAAACAAAAGUCGAAAAAAAUCAAAUCGAAACAUUAUUUCAAUUUCUCAUUGAAGACUUUACAGUCUGAGAGCGUUGAUCAACUGGCUUCUGAAAUCAAAGAAAAAUCAGAGAUUCUGAGUAGAAAAGCUUGGAACGCUUUUCAGCAUCAGGUAGAUCUUCAUAACUCAUUCAUUGAUUGCAUUCGAACAUUUUCAGGUCCUCUUGAACCGUUUGAUCUCGUCACACGUAGAUGUCACUACAGAUGUUGUCGGAAAACUCUGUGCCGACCUCAAAACCUCGAAAUCCGUCCCUUCUUACAAGUGAGUAUUAAAAAUUUCAAAAAUAUAUUGGGUGUAGGAUUUUGGGUCAUCGAUUUUCGGACGUAGAACAAUUGUUGAGUAUCCUUCAUCGAGAUCCGAUUUCUGUCGCCAGAAUCCUCGACCACGUGGAUCGUUUGCAGGUAACAAUGCUUUUUUGAGCUCACAAACUUUUUUCUCAUUUCUAAAUUUUCUUUUCACUGAUAAUGUGCUUUCAGAGCGUUAAACCAGAAGAAGCUUGCAACGCAAUUUUUUCUCUUGUAUAUUCAUGCGGAGUCUAUGCGACCGACGAAAAUAUUCUUCUCAAAGUAAAUUUGUGAGAAAAUAGAAGAAACUUUAAAUUUACUACAGGCGGUGUAUGAACUGAUACACAUGCAACUUUCGGGAACUUCGAACCCGAGGCUAGUGUUCCGCAAAGGAACUUCGACGUCUUGCCGAUUAUAUGCUCUUUUCACCGACUCACUUCACUCCACAAAGGUUUUAUUUUCUUUCUUCCUUGUAUGAAUAUUUUGACAGAUGUAUAUGACUUCGGCUAUGCACGAAGCUGUUAUGUUGGUUCUGUGCCAACCGGAAACGUUCUUGGACAUCGACAGCAGUAAGGUUUUCAUUUUACCGGGAUCUUAUCUUGAAAUCGCUUUUUUGCGUUCAGACGAUCAUAAGAUUUGCUCCAGCGCAAAGAGCAAAAAUUUUUGGACCGGAUCCCAAUGACCCAGCGUACAUCGAGAAACUAGAACGGCAGCGUAGUGGAAUUGUGAAAAAACUCAUUCUUCUGACCAACGAUUUUGUCAAAGGUCAUUUCAAUCUGAAAUUUAUCAAGUUUCGAAGUUUUCAGGUAUUUGCGAUUCUAUGGUCUAUUUUCCUCAAAGAUUGAUAUGGCUCGUCCAAAAAGUUCACAAACUGUUAACUGAAGGGAAAGGAUUGUCGGAAAAAGAGGUUUUUCUAGGACUUAUUCCUUUUUACAUUGAGAUCGUUCCAGGCAGAAAUCAUUUGCACUGAUCUCAUUGUUACUAACCUGAUUUGUCCAGCCAUCAUCGAUCCGGAGAAGUUUGGGAUCAUUAGUGAUAUUCCCAUUAGCCAUAUCACGCGGUUCAAUCUCAUGCAAAUAGCCCAAAUAGUUCAGGUUUUUUUGAGAAAAAAAUCUAGUCAAACUCUUAUAUUUUUCAGGCUCUAGCGUUAAGUGACUAUGAAACUCCUUCCGCCGAUUUGAAAUUUUUUGUUUUCCAGUUUGAACACGUAAAUGACGUUUCAAGGCAAUUAUGAACUUUUACCCGAUUUAGCAUCCAAUGCGCAAGUUCGUAAAAAAUCUGCUCCAGAUCAAAUUGCCUUUAUCGCUGAUCGAUGAAGAAAAUCUCGACGCCUUCAUCGAUCAUCAAACUUCAGAAAGCUCUUCUUGCUGCAAAGACUUUUUUGUUGGUACUCUGUACGAAAUCAACAUUUUGGUUGGAUUGGCGGCUUUGUUUUCCAAAAGAAUCGCAAAUUUCAGGCCAAGAUAUUUGAUGUGGAAAGAACGAAGAAACAAUGGAAAAUGCCGAAGAGCCUGGAAAAAGCGAUCAAUCGUUUGCCUGCGAAUUUCUCUCCAACGGCACAUUCCACUACUUCGCCUCAAACACAAUCGAGAGACACGGCUGAAAAGAGCGGAAGACUAAGAAAUAUCACACAAAAAAGUUAAGAAACUAUAAAUUCUCGCAUUUGCCGGUCUUUCAGUGAACUUUCCUUUUGGGUCUUCCAAGAAAAACUGCUGA